GCUGUGGAAGAAGAGCCAUUGUAUGUGAACGCAAAACAAUAUCAUCGCAUUCUUAAACGUCGUGCUGCUCGUUUAAAGUUGGAAGAAUUACAUAAAUUGGAACGUACAAGAAAGCCAUACCUUCAUGAAAGUCGACAUAAGCAUGCUAUGCGUCGACCUCGAGGACCUGGUGGAAGAUUUUUAACUGCUGCUGAAAUUGCUGAAUUACAAAAGACCGGUCAGUUACCAACAGAUGAUUUACUGGAUUCCAAAGAAAAUAACACGCCUUCUCCUGCAGUUAAGCAGCAACAAUCUUUUAUCAACCUCCAGUCCUAA